GGCGGGCAUGAUUUUUGUUACAAACAAUUCAUUAUAUGAGAUUUUUUUCUAUAAAAACUUUUUGUAAAAUGGCAUCGGCAGCAAAAAAGCCAAAGCUUUCCACUCUAGCUUCUGUGAACACUGAAGAGACCACAACAGAUCUUAACAGUUUUAUGCAAAAAAUUCAAGCGAAACGCGAAGAGACUGCAGAGUCAAUUCUUCAUUACAAGUUCAAUAGAAAAAGACUGCGAAUAAUAUCUCAAGAACAAACGGUUUCUGACAAUUGUGAAGGAAUAGUUUACUGGAUGUCCCGAGACAGUAGAGUUCAAGAUAAUUGGGCAUUCUUGUUUGCUCAAAAACUUGCUUUGAAAAAUGAAGUUCCACUUCAUGUUUGCUUUUGCCUGAUCUCCAAGUACUUGGAUGCCUCAGUAAGGCAGUUUCAUUUCCUUGUCAAAGGUCUAGAAAAAGUAGCAGCAGAAUGCAAGAAACUGAAUAUAUCAUUUCAUCUCCUGGAAGGCAGUGGUGCGGAAGCAUUGCCUCAAUGGGUAGCAGAUCAUAAGAUUGGUGCAGUGGUCUGUGAUUUUAAUCCACUCAGAGUACCUCUGGGAUGGCUGGAGGGUUGCAAAAAAAAGCUCAAAAAAGACGUACCUUUGAUCCAGGUUGAUGCUCACAACAUAGUUCCCUGCUGGGAAGCCUCUGAUAAACAAGAAUACUCUGCAAGAACAAUUAGAAAUAAGAUCAACUCAAAACUGAGUGAAUAUCUCACAGAUUUCCCACCACUGAUCAAACAUCCAUUCACAAGUAAAUUUGAGCCCGAGCCAAUAGAUUGGGAUGAAGCGAUUGAAUCAAGAGAAGCUGAUAAAUCAGUAGGACCAGUAAACUGGGCGAGACCUGGCUAUGAUGAAGCCAUGAAAAUGUUGAAAAGUUUCAUUGAAAAGAGGUUAAAAAUAUUUUCUUCCAAACGAAAUGAUCCAACUCAAGAUGCCUGCAGUAAUUUAUCACCAUGGUUUCAUUUUGGUCAGAUAUCAGUUCAGAGAGUAGCCCUUUGUGUGCAAGAAUAUAAAACGAAGCAUACAGAAUGUGUAAACGCAUUCCUAGAAGAAGCAAUAGUCCGCAGAGAGCUUGCUGAUAAUUUUUGUUUUUAUUGUGAACACUAUGAUAGCAUUAAAGGUGCAAGUAACUGGGCGCAAAAAACUUUGGAUGAUCACAGAAAGGACAAAAGAACUCACAUAUACAGUCUGGAGCAGUUAUCUAAAGCAGAGACACAUGACGAGCUGUGGAACUCUGCCCAACUGCAGUUGGUAAAAGAAGGCAAGAUGCACGGAUUCCUACGUAUGUACUGGUGCAAGAAGAUACUGGAGUGGACAUCUACACCUGAGGAUGCUCUCCGAUACAGCAUAUAUCUUAAUGAUCAUUAUAGCAUCGACGGACGAGACCCAAACGGAUAUGUCGGUUGUAUGUGGUCUACGUGUGGUAUUCACGAUCAAGGCUGGGCGGAGCGCACUGUGUUCGGCAAGAUCCGAUACAUGAACUAUGACGGGUGCAAACGUAAGUUUAACGUCGCCGCGUUCGUCGCACGAUACGGUGGGAAAGUACACAAGUACACGUCUAAGAAGUGAACUGUCAUGAUAAUAUUCCUAUGUCAUUCAUAAUAUAAAUAACAGUUGUUUAAAUCUUGAAUAGGGAUAAUGACAAGGUUAAAAAAGAAAUUGUCAAUACAAUCAGAUAAUAUUCAUAUAUAUAUAUUUUUUUGUUUCGAUUUAGCAAGAAAUUGCUUCGAUAAUUGGCUUUCAACUUGACGGUUCCCUAGACGUCAUUUCAACUCGAAAAAAUACGUAAAUUUUUUUUUUUUUUACAAUGAUCUACCUGACGGACUAACAAACAAAAAUUAGUCAUAGUCCCUAUUGUGAUUUAGAAAGUACACAGUUCAUCAUGUUAUUUGAAAAUGUAGAUGUAGAUUUCAGUUGAACUGAAAAUUCUAGAGAUGAAGGUUUAAAUUGAUUAGAGAAUGGCGGAUUUUGCGUAACCUAUCUUACUAUUGAUUGUACACACGGCUGCACAUCAGGCUACUACAAUAUAUGAAAUUUCUAUAGUUGAUUUUAAAUUCUACCCUCAAAACAUUAAGCUACAAAAUCAAAUGGAGAAAUUCGACAUAUUGGCAUAACCUGACGUGCUGUUUGUGACGUGUAGCAUUCUUAAUUCAGAAGAUAAAAAAUAACUUUCUAUCUCUUCUAAACUUCGUUCAGUUGAAGAAUAUCAAAAAUUUGAAAAAAAGAACUGGCCAAAUUUACGCUUCUUUUAUACAAAUAUUAGUUAUAUUUAUUGUAAGUUCAAAGAUAAUAUAAAAUACCAAGUUAACAGACUUGCAGCCAGUUGCACAAAUAUCCAUAAAAAAUUACAUUCGUUUAAAGCGUCAUUUAACACUAAUGGACGUUUGUGCAACUGACCGUUGUAGCAAUAUUUUAUAAUGUGUGAACAUAAAAAAUGUAUGUUAUGAAAUAAACGAGGAACUUGGUUUUAGAUAAUAAGAUCGGCGUUCAUUAAAAUAAAUUAUAAAAUUUAUGUACAAUUAAUGUUCUACCUCAAUGAGUACUUAAUAAAAAAUUUAUUGAUAUCCUUCUACAGUUUUUUUUUUAAUAAUCAGAAGUAUUUAUUGGUUUCUAGAUGUAUAAGAAAUAAAACAUUUGUUGCU